AAUAUUUUAUUCCAUUCUUUUUCUAAGAUGGGAUGGAGCUCCUUUUAAUAGCUUGCAUCAUAACUUCUCGAGACUGCGCGUUGAGUAGAUGAUGAAAAUAUCGCGCACAGCGCACAAUUCGAAGUUCUAAAACGCGGGAGCAGUGAAACUCGGGGAUAUUCGUUUGUAUUUUUGAAUUAUUCAUUAGUUACCUUUUGAUUUUGAAGUUUUAUUUUAUUUGAAACCAAAAUUGAAGAAUUGGAUCAAAGUUUUAUUUUAUUUAAACUAAGAUCAGAGAAUUAGAGCGGUGUUUUAUUUUAGUCAAACCAAGAUCGAAGGUGGAUUUUUUUCAAACCUAGAUAGAAGAAUUAGAUCCAAGUUCGACUUUAUUCAAACCAACAUUUAAGAACUAGAUAGAACUUUAUGUUGUUUAAUUAGAUCGGAGUAUUAUUUUAGUCAAACCAAGAUCGAAGGUUGAUUUUAUUCAAACCUAGAUACAAGAAUUAGAUCCAAGUUCGAUUUUAUUCAAACCAACAUUUAUAAGAACUAGAUAGAACUUUAUGUUGUUUAAUUAGAUCGGAGUAUUAUUUUAGUCAAACCAAGAUCGAAGGUUGAUUUUACUCAAACCUAGAUAGAAGAAUUAGAUCCAAGUUCGAUUUUAUUCAUACCAACAUUUAAGAAUUGGAUAGAACUUUUAUGUGGUUUAAAGCGAGAUCGAAUUUUUAAAUUCAAACUAAUUUGAAAAUGUUUAGUUGACGCUUCUGAUAAAGUGGAUUUGUGUGACAAUAGACUUAAAAUGGUAUCAAUGAUGAGCUAUGACAGUGCCGGACGUUUGUUGUAUCUCAACAAUUCUUCUCAACUGUCUAUGUCAAGACCACGUGAGACAAAUAUGGCCAUGGGCCGGACUCCAUCCGAAAUUGUGUACGCAAACCGAAAUAUUCACAAAAUACAGCAUGAGACUGAAACUAGUACAAAGAAGGGCACAUUUGUUGCCGGACAAUCUGCCGGACCAUCAACAGCGGUGUCCAGAAGAAAUGCUAGAGAAAGAAAGAGAGUCCGGCUCGUCAAUCUAGGAUUUUCAACUCUUCGAGAGCGUGUGCCACCUGGUUCAAAAAACAAGAAACUAAGCAAAGUAGAAACUUUAAGAGCUGCUAUAGAGUACAUCAGGCAACUGCAAGGCAUGCUUGGAAUGCCUGAACAACGGAUUUAUGACAGUGCUGCAUAUCAAAGUAUGGUAGCCGAUGAAAAUUAUGUUAUGGACGAAUGUUCUUCAGUAGCUUCAUCUGAGGAAGUGGGACUAACAGUCAGGGGAACAUGCGGGCCAUCAACAGGUUCAGGAGAUUUGUCACCAUCUUCGAGUCAUCCAUCCGAAUACAGUUCUCCGUAUGCCAGUCACGCGCCACACGAAGAACAGUUAUUAGACAUGUGGUUUUCAUAAUGGAUAUUUUAAUAAGGUUUCUACAACAAUCUGAAAUUGCAGAAGUGGAGCUCUAUCUGAUUGUUUCAUCUAUUUUUUCCGUAAUUCCUUUUAAACUAUUUAAUUUCAGCUGAUUGUUAUUUUGAGGCUUUUCACUGGAGAAAAAAAAAAAGAUUACACAAUGCUAAUCUGUAACAUUCUUAUCAAAUGAAAAAAGGUUGUGAAAUUUUAUUGUUGUAAUUUAUCAGAUAUUUUACUUAUCUGCUCUAAGCUAUGAAAUGUGAUUGGUUUAUUGCUCAAAUAGACUGUGACAGUCAAGUUUUACAGAUCUGCUUUUUAACCCGUUGACUUACUAAUAUUUUUCUCCUUAGGCGAUACAAUGGCUAUUGCGUUUGUUGCUUAAAGAAUAGUAGUAGCUAAAUAUUGAUAUAUGAGUGGAAGCAUUUUACAGUUCUUGUCGUUCUUAAACAGCGGUAGACUGUAAGCCAGCAAUAUAAGUCAAUGGUUUAAAACACGAUUUGAUUUUAUAGUAUUGUAAAGCAGUGUUUCCCGAACUUUUUCAUUUAGUUUCCCAAACAAAUUUUACUUUAAAGUAAAGUAGGAAAUUUCUUUUAUUAUGUUAAUACUAAUUACCUUAAGCUUUCAACUUGGAUGUAGGUUUUCGAAAAGGUGGAAUUUGAGCUUGUCAUAUCACAUGUUAUGAGUUUAAAAUAAUAAUAAUAACACUAGAGAGCAAAUUUUUUUAUUGAAUUUAUACAAAUAUUUGAUCUCACUAGUUCAUGUUGGGGGAUUUUAAAUCUAAAACUAUUUUUCUUCCGAAAUUUAAAGAUUUUUUUUCAAAAUCGUUUUUUAGUUAAGUUUGCUUUUUGCGUGAAUGUACAAGUUCAUAAAGAACAUAUUGGUUUAUAUACAUACAGAUGCUAUUGUCUGUUUCUUUGAAAAUAACAAAUAAAAUCAUAAGGCCUUCACAAACUAAAAUGUAUUAUCGUUUUCUUUCUACCACUCCAAACGUAGCAGAGAACUGGGGACUCUUAGUAUUCACUGGAUUGAAUUUUAUAAAAUCGUGGUUAGGAAUAUGCUGCUAAAUUGCAAACCGAUUGCAGAUUAGAAAUGAAUGACGCGGAUAUAUCUAAGAUCUGUUCAAAAGUUUCAUGCAAUAGAAAUAAAUAUUCCCCCGUGUAAUUUGCUUAACACGUUCACGCCGGGGUGAGCCACCGGUGGGUCAAGCUAGAUUGUCUCAUCUUGGCAGCGCACCGGAGU